UCAGUGAUAAUCUGAGAGUGUCUGUGCAGUUUUUAUUCCACUGGAAAGCUCCUAAAACUCCCCAAGCACGCACACUCCUCUGUUGCUUUAGUGAAAGAGGGUUUUUUUUCUUUAUUUUUUAUUAUACUCUUGGCAUUCAGAGACGAGUCGGCCGGAGGGGAAAACUACCAUCAAGCAAUUUGUAAAAAGCCAGACCGGUGGCGUCAUCGCCUGCUCUAUACUACGCGCAACACCGCCACUCUCCUGCUGCAUUUAUUCACAGCUUAUUCUCAAGUUGCUCUGUGGCUAUCCCGCGCACUCAAGUGAAAGCAAAGCUGUUCCUCGGAGACUGGUCCUCAUAACACAAUGCGUGUUUGUUCGAUUUAUGUCACUCUGGCACUUGGAUUUGGAGGUUUUGCGCAAGAAGCUUCACAGACAAACAGAGUGUUUUCUCCUCGUCGCUGGACUGAUGGUGUUGUGAAAGAGAAGGUAUUGUACCGCGCACUCCCCCUACACUACUUCUGUAGUACAGUGUCUCCAGUUUUACGCCGGGUAGGAAUCCUCUCCUCCUUCACAGAUGUUGCCGGGGUGCAUUUUCUACCCGCAACUUAGUGCGCAGCUCACAUGUUGCCAAAGAGACACAAGCUUUGGUGUACUUGAGCGGGCAGACCACGUCCAGAUAAUCUCCAUUUACAUUGGCCUAUACCCUUCAAGAUACCCAAGAGUUCCCGUUGUGUCGGCUGUGCGUCAUCCAUUCCUGAUUAGACUUGUCUGACGUCGCCGGGACACCAUUCAAGUUAAACACCUCAUACAACACUGAAGAUCUAAAUUUACUCUAAAAAAAAAACCCACCAAACAUCCGGACUGACGAAAAUCACUUUUAUUAUUAAGAUCAACAAGUUGCCUCGAGUGCGUAAUUUCCAUCUGAACGGGGUUCAAGCGUAAUCCGCGACACACGUGAUCGACAAAUCACUUCAGCUGCAAAAUAUUUCUCAUUUGACAAGAGAAAUAAGUCCCGGACCGUCCGCGGAGACACAUCUUGUCCGAUUACGGCGGGAAUCAGGAGGAGACCGGCUCCAUGCCUCGCUGCGUCUCCAGAUGCUCGGCUGGCCACCACAUGGUAACUUUGCGCACACAGCACGCUGGAAAGAGGACAUUCAGAGAAGCGAUCUGAAUGAAUGGGACUGAGAUUUAUUCACAUUUCUCUUCUCGCCUCCCGCAGACUGUUUUAUGUGUUGUGUAUCCUGCUGGUUGAAGGUGUCUCACGUUAUCGGCAGAUAUCGAGUCAGCGGUGGGUAGAUCCAUCACUGGAAUAGGGAGAAGCAAAUGUCGAAGAAACGGAAAAGUCCUGACGACCAGGAGGAGGAAUCUCCGCCUGCAGGAUGCAGCGACCAAGGCUUGACAGAUGAGAAAGUGAAGGCCUACCUCUCGCUGCACCCGCAGAUGCUGGACGACUUUGUGUUGGAGAGCGUGAGUGCAGAGACGUUGGACAGAUGGCUGAAGAGGAAGACCAGCAGCAGGCCUGCAGAUGACACAUCAGCUAAAGAAGUCAGCAGGCAGUACCAGGACACAAAUAUGCAGGGUGUGGUGUACGAACUCAACAGCUACAUGGAGCAGCGCCUGGACACUGGAGGAGACAACAAACUCCUGCUCUAUGAGUUGUGCAACAUCAUCAAAACAGCAACAAAAGCUGAUGGAUUUGCACUUUACUUCUUGGGAGAAUGCAACAAUAGUUUAUGUUUGUUCACUCCAACGGGGGCCAAGGAUGGCCCUCCAAGCCUCAUCCCCUCUGGACCCAUCGCAUUUGGGACAACCAUUGCCGCUCAUGUUGCCAAGACUCGCAAAACACUGCUAGUAGAGGACAUUGUGGGGGACGAACGCUUCCCCGACGGCACAGGGCAGGACUCAGGGAUCCAUGUUCACUCUGUCCUGUGCCUCCCCAUCCUCACUGCCAUCGGGGACCUCAUUGCCAUCCUGGAGCUGCAUCGGCACUGGGGCAAGGAGCCCUUCAACCUCAGCCACCAGGAGGUUGCAACAGCUAAUUUAGCAUGGGCUUCAGUUGCCAUUCAUCAAGUACAGGUGUGCAGAGGCCUCGCCAAACAGACUGAGCUCAAUGACUUCCUACUAGAUGUGUCAAAAACAUACUUUGAUAACAUUGUGGCAAUAGAUUCUCUACUUGAACAUAUUAUGAUAUAUGCAAAAAACCUGGUGAAUGCGGACAGGUGUGCACUCUUCCAGGUAGAUCACAACAACAAAGAACUGUACUCUGACCUGUUCGAUAUUGGGGAAGAGAAAGAAGGCAAACCUGUCUUUAGGAAAACCAAAGAAAUUAGGUUUUCUAUAGACAAGGGAAUAGCUGGCCAAGUGGCUCGGACAGGGGAAGUCUUAAAUAUCCCAGAUGCCUAUGCAGACCCACGGUUUAACCGAGAGGUGGACCUUAAAACCGGCUACACCACACGGAACAUCCUGUGCAUGCCCAUCGUGAGCAGGGGGACCGUUAUAGGUGUGGUGCAGAUGGUGAACAAGCUAAGCGGAAGUGCCUUCACUAAAACAGAUGAGAACAACUUUAAGAUGUUUGCUGUCUUUUGUGCUCUGGCCUUACACUGUGCAAAUAUGUACCACAGGAUCCGGCACUCUGAAUGCAUUUACAGAGUGACAAUGGAAAAACUGUCUUAUCACAGCAUCUGCACAUCAGAAGAAUGGAAGACCCUUACCCAGCUCAAUCUCCCUGCACCCAUUUAUAAAGAGAUCGAAAUGUUCCACUUUGACAUUAAUCCCUUUGAGGAGAUCUGGCCUGCUGUUUUUAUCUACAUGGUUCAUAACUCCUGUGGAAAGACCAGUUUUGAGCUGGAGAAGCUGUGUCGGUUUACCAUGUCUGUACGGAAGAACUACCGACGUGUGCCCUACCACAACUGGAAGCAUGCAGUCACGGUGGCACACUGUAUGUAUGCCAUCCUGCAGAAAACCCCUGAGAAGUUCACAGAGCUAGAGAAGAAGGGUCUGUUGAUAGCCUGCCUGUGCCAUGAUCUGGACCAUCGGGGGUACAGCAACACAUACCUGCAGAAGUUUGACCAUCCGCUGGCUGCUCUGUACUCUACCUCCACCAUGGAACAACACCACUUCUCUCAGACCGUCUCCAUCCUGCAGGAAGGGCACAAUAUUUUCUCCAACCUGAAUUCCAGCGAGUACGAGCAGGUGUUGGAGAUCAUCCGGAAGGCCAUCAUUGCCACAGACCUCGCCCUGUACUUCAACAACCACCAGCAGCUGACGGAGCUGCUGACAUCACAAGCGCUGGACUUCAACAACCACUCACACAGGGACCGUGUGAUUGGUCUGAUGAUGACAGCAUGUGACCUGUGUUCUGUUACCAAGAAAUGGCAAAUCACACGACUCACAGCCAACGACAUCUAUGCUGAGUUCUGGGCUGAGGGAGAUGAAAUGAAGAAGAUUGGGUUGCAGCCGAUCCCUAUGAUGGACAGAGACAAGAAGGACGAGGUUCCCCAAGGCCAAGUGGGAUUCUACAAUGCUGUUGCAAUUCCAUGUUACACGACACUAGCGGAGCUUUUCCCUCCAUCCGAUCCUCUUCUAAAAGCCUGCAAGGAGAACCUGAGCCAGUGGGAGAAGAUAUCGCGGGGAGAGGCGGAGGACAUUGUGCCCAGCAGGCCUAGUGAUUCAGGCCCUGUCAAGGUGGACAACUGACUACCAAAGGGGUUGCUGGACAAAGGAAUACAACCUGAAUCCUGCCACGGACCUGGUACUCUGUCGGGGGGAGGGGGGAGAGAACCCACAUCCUGUGCUAGCAGGAGACGGAUCCGCUACAGGCAACUUGACUUUGAAAACACACAGUUACCUCAUUGGGUGACGGAGGUGUCAACACUGACGGUUUCACCGAUCCCAGAGACUGACAGACAGCCGAUGGGGAGGGACUUCAACCCAUCACCCAACAUCAACUCAGCUUGGGAAUUCAUUUGGUAGAAUGGACUUGUGCCGUUUUUGGUUGUUUUAUUUGAGCUGUUUUAUUUUAUUUUAUGUUUUUUUUUAAUUAUUAUUAUUAUUUGAGCUGAUUCUUUUAUGGUCUUGUAUUUGCAGAGGCCUUAUUCUGAACCUUUCACAGGCUAGAAUAUGUGAAAUCUUGUUGUCGGUUCAGGCUUUUAUUUUAUUUUUUGAAAUGGUACUGUUUGCCUUCUGUGGUAGGUUUAUCGUACGCGCACUACUUCAGCAAGGUAUUCCCAGAGACAGAAGGAAUGUGUAGAGCAGAUGUAUGGUGUAAUGCCACCUUACUGAGAAGGUGGAUUUCAGAAUGUUUUUUUUAUUACUUUUUGAGCAAAAAUCCUUUGCAGUACUUGAAUAAAGACAUAACAGCCUAUUCUAGGUGGAGAUGGCAGAAAUCCCCUGCAGCAUAUUCUACAAAACAUGGAUGAACUGUGACAAGAGGAGUUAGAUAAUGUCGACACUUGUGAACACAGUCACAAGAGAGUCACAAUGUUUCUCCCUGAAGUGGACCCCACAGCACUGCCCCCAGCCCCCCCUGGCAUUUAGGAACCUGCUGCAUAGUACAUCAGCUUUCCUCUUGAUUAACAGGAUCUGAUCCCAGGCCAGCAGUAAUAGUAACAUUUGUAGGACCGAGUUCAGAAGACGAAAAAAAAAGAAAAGAUGCACAGAUAGCAUCUGUUUUUGCAUCAGUUAUAGUAACCCAGACUGCAUACAAUUUAAUUUCCACUCUCAUAACAAUUUUCACGCCACUAUCGCAUCAUAAAUUAUUUUACACUACAAUCUGGUUCCUCCUCAUUAAUCAGUAAUCAUUUGUACAAGCAUGAAUAAAACACAAGUAAAAUGAGGAUAGUGCACAAGUUGGCUAAGUGUCCCAGCGGAGUAUAAAGAGUUGGGUGUUUGCAAUGACACAACAAACUUCUGAUUUUAACUAUUAUAUGUAAUGUCCAGACAGCACUCUAAUUUAUACCACGUGGUUGAGACGUGAUGAAUUACUGAGGUUUAAAUUAAAUAUAUGGUGAAGGGUGGAAUAAGUUGUAGCCUAUACAUUCUCUCCUUGACAUAGAUAGGUGUCCUUGCAGGUUAAAAUCUGUAGUGUGAAACCUUUAUGACACUGAACCCAUUUUGCUGUUGAUGCCAGACACAGCAGCUAAACAGAAGCAUGAGGUCGGCUUCAUAUUUUCCCAUAAUGUCAAAAGUGUUAAGCUAAAGUGCGUCACAUGUCUAUCUCUGGGAUUGCAACCUCAAGAAUGUUGGUUGACUCUUUGCAGGUGUGUAACAGACGUUCCCCUCACAUCCACGACCUGUCGAAGGAAAUAACUCCUCCUCCUUUGCGCUGACUCGCCAACAUCAUGCAAAGGGGGGUACAUUUGGACUCUUCCAAAUGAGUUUCCGAGAUCUUCCAAAAGACAAUUAGUUUUGUCUGAAACUGUCAUUCCAGUGGACGUUGUCCCUCCAAGACUGAAAUUACCGCUCAAAUAAUUUGUUUUUACGACUGGUACUGUGGCCCCUAAUGGUGUGAAUGUACAUUUUGAUGAAUGUUUUGUUGAUUGCAGAUCUUUGGUGGUGGCAGUUUUCCAUGAUGUGCUCUGUCUUACUUUUCAGAAUUGCUUCCAGUAAGCUUCAACCAAGAGCAACAACUAGCAUGCACCUAAACUGAAUUUAUAUAUACAUUUGCAUAUACGGUAAUAGGUGUAUACUGUGUACAAUCUAGGAAUUAGUUUGUACAGACUGAGAUGUAUGCUCUGAUGGUGCUAAAGUGAAUGGCAGUCAUGCACUUUCUGACUGGGUGUGUACACUGUGUGUGUGUGUGCGUGUGUGUGUGUGUGUGUGUGUGUGUGUGUGUGUGUGCAUUUGUGCGAGAGAGAGAAGCUUUUAACUGUCUCUUUCCGCCCUCCAACCCCACCUGAGAACAUGGUUAAGUCCAUAACACUGCACUGUCCCUUCUACUUUUCAGCACCAGUUAUAUCCCAUUGUCUGCACUAUGUUUAGCUUAUAAUCUUUAUCAUUAUUAUUAUUAUUGAUGAUUAUUAUUAUUGCUAUUAUUACUAUUGUUAUUUUCUUAAUUAGAGUUAAAUUUAAAUUAACUUAUAUUUUUUAUACAAAGAAAAAUAAUGUUGGCCUUUUUGUUUUGUACAAAGUAAACAUUAAGAUAAACAAAACGGUCUAGACAUGUUACUGUUACCCAGAAUAAUUGCGGAAUGUCUCAACUGUAAAUGUAAGAGCAGUAGCCCAAAUGACUUUUAUUAAAUACCUGAAAAAUA